AUGUUGACGAUCGCUUGUCGCACAGGUUCACCACCGGCCUGGACCCCCGUGUCAACUCUCAAAAAGCUUCCCGAAGAUAGCGGUUCAUACUUUCGCGAUCAAAAUGCGGCAAGAUUCGCCGCGCAUGUGUUCCAGCCUGCACUCGAAGCGAUCCUCCACCAUAACCCUGAGUUCGAAUUGAAUGAUCUCGAUAUAUUCGCUUGCAUCAGCACCUUCCGCAACCUGCUCCGGUUUGUGACAGAUCCGGACCAAGGGUUUAGGAUGAUUGUGGAAGCGAUCGGGGCGACCGUAUUUCUCGUGCGGCGGGAGGCCUCCCCAACUGAGAAAAUCUCUGGCGUUUUUGGGUACGGACAUACAUUUCCAGAGGCAAACACGACUUGGAAUAAAGAUGUCAAGGGUUCAGAGUCCCACCAAAGAAUUCUGAAGUAUAACUUCGCCGGGAUAUCCUGUGCUAUCCGAUACGAGGGAGACGGGUAUCUUCCCAAUCUCCACAGGCCUGAGACCUCUCAUGUUGAGGACCCAGCGGGGGAUGCUGACGAUCUGCUCAAGCCGUUGCAACAUAGUUCGGUGGGCUCAGUUGCUGCAGAGAAAGUCACGGUGCUUGCCGUUGAGACAGCAGGGACGGCUAUCCCACAAUCAGCCAUGUUCGAUCUCAAGACCCGAUCUGCCAGGAAAGAAUAUACGGACGUGUUGAGAGGCAAACUACCCCGGCUGUGGUUCGCCCAGGUACCGAAUUUCAUCGUUGGAUUUCAUAAACGUGGUCUCUUCAGUGACGUGCGUGUCAAAAACGUGCAAGAGGAAGUAGAAGAGUGGGAGGAAGAACAAAAGCCGCAGCUCAAGAGGCUUGCGGCACUGCUUAGAGCUCUGAUUGCGUUUGCGCGCGGUCAACCGAGCGGCCGAUUUGAACUGGUAUUCGAGGCCGGAAACAGGGAGCUGGAAUUGAGAGAGGUCGGCGGCCAGGCAAAUUGCUGCAUCUCCGACGAAUUGAAGACACACUGGCACGGAGGUAAGUCAGAAGAAGCACAGCUGGAGAUGGAGAAAACCCUGGAUGAGGGAGGAACGAGCGGAGUCGGGGAGGACUGGGAUGAGGAGGAAGCGCGGAGGUCAUGUGGCUGGAGCGACGACUCAGAGUCUGAGAAGGAUUUCACUGCGUGUUCUGCCUCUUCUUGCGGCUACUGA